GGGCGUUUCUCUGGCGCUUCUGGCCGGCGGUGGGCGGGCUUUGGUCCGUGUGCAGGCUCCCCGCUCUCCAUCCUCGCUCCUCCCGCUCUCCGAGAUGCAGACGCUGCGCUGCGGCCCUCGCCUGCUGACCCUGGGCCUGGCACCGCGGCGGGUCUCCGCGGCCCCGACGCUCGCCCGGCUCCGCGGGGCCCGCAGCAGCGCCAGCAGCUCCGACUCCGGGGCCGCCGGCAGCGUCAAGAACCCGCUCGUGUACCUGGACGUGGCGGCCGAGGAGCAGCCGCUCGGCCGGGUGGUGCUGGAGCUCAAAGCAGAUGUGGUGCCAAAGACUGCAGAGAAUUUCAGAGCCCUCUGCACAGGUGAAAAUGGCUUUGGUUACAAGGGAUCAACCUUCCACAGAGUGAUUCCCUCAUUCAUGUGUCAGGCUGGUGACUUCACCAAUCACAAUGGAACAGGAGGGAAAUCCAUCUAUGGGAGCCGAUUUCCAGAUGAAAAUUUCACCCUGAAGCAUGUUGGACCUGGAGUCCUGUCCAUGGCAAACGCAGGUCCCAACACCAAUGGAUCCCAAUUCUUCAUUUGCACAACGAAAACAGACUGGCUGGACGGAAAGCAUGUUGUCUUCGGCCACGUCAAGGAAGGGAUGGAUGUGGUGAAGAAGAUAGAAUCCUAUGGUUCUAAGAAUGGGAAGACAUCUAAGAAGAUCGUCAUCAAAGACUGUGGCCAGCUGAGCUAACCCCAGUGUGGAUGACUCUGGGUUCCUCGAGUGUGCUUGUUCUCCCCACUUUCCCAGUCUCCCCCAUAAGAGACUACACUGAACACUAGGAGAUUCCUAGUUGAAUGUAUUGUGUCCAAGAAUAACUGAAUUUAUGGCAGCAUCUGAUUUUUUUUUCCUUACGUCGUUGUUUUGUUCCUGUCUCUGCAAAGAUCACUUUUGAGCAUCUGUCUCUUGGGCUCUUUCUCAUCCAGCUCACCAGCUUACUCUUAGAAUCGGAGCCAGACACGCCAUUCGCCUCCUCCCAAGGCCUCUCUCUUGCUUCUUCCCAGGCAGGGUUGAGUACAUUAAGCCUUUUUUUGGGCAUGGGGAGUCACUGUUAGGGAAGUGGGCUAGGCACAUGGCACCUGUCUGCCUUAACUGGUACAGAGAAAGGAUGUUGCCUGAUCAAAGGAGAUUAUGAAUCAGAAUUAAUUAGUAUUAUUGGCAAAAGGCAUUUCCCUCUCAAAAGUGGAAGACCUAAUUUGUUGCACUAAAUAGAAAUGCCUUCUCUUUUCAAGAGGAGGGAAGAUCAAAAGAAUGCUGAUCUGGGAAUCUAGCUGGGUUUUGUUAUAGCUGUGUGACCUUGGGGAUGUCUCACAAAGCUAAAUCUUAGGUUCCCUUCCUCUUCUCUGACAACCCCUAAUUUUUUAUGGUAUUGUGUUGAAGCUCACCUAUGGUACCGCUCACAGCGGUCAUGUUUCUAUUGAUAUUUAAACCUCCUCUCCCCCAGACCAUGUGCACCUCUUUGUGAACUGUAUUCUCCAGUGCUCCUCUUCUCUAACAUGGGGGCCCAUCUGCAAUCUUACUCUCGGAUGCCCCUUCUGUCACUGGUUGAUGUCCUGAGGAGGAAGAAACUUGAUUUUUACAAUACUCCAGUGAUUGCUGUUGCCUUUCAUUUCAACACUGAAGCAGGUUCAAGCCUCUUCCUAUUUCAGGAUCCCUUUGCUCUCCUGUGGCCUGACUGAUUGAUAGGAGCCACAGAGACUCUGCCAAGCCAUAGACUUGAGCCAGGUUUUCUUGGAUGUAGGAAACUGUGAAGUCACAAAGCUUCUACUAUUCUUGAGACUAGCUCCAAAUGGUAGAAGUGGGUUGCUGUAAACAAGUUUAAAGAAUUAAGCUGUGAGCAGUAGUUGUCCACUGUGAAUGUAUGUCUGUGGAAAGUUGGCAGUAAUUAAAAACACAACUUAUGGAAGGUUUACUGGUGGGGACUGGUGCUCCAUUGAUGCUAGAGGACACAAUUGACCUCUGUGUGAAAAUAAAACCUUAGUUUCUAUUAAAUAAAUAUGUACUGAUCAUUUGAAACUAACUUAGUUUAUAAGACCUUUGAUUUUUUAAAAUACUUGAUUAAUUGUAAUUGUAAGAAUAAAUCCUAUUUUAUUACAAAAGAAA